AUGACUUAUACUCCCACUAAUAUCCCACUCGGUCCUCUGGACCACAUCGCUCCGUGGAAUAUCCCUCAAAGCGUCAUCUACCUCAGCUUGAAACAUGGGGUAACCACACAAGACGCAUUCUCAACACUCCUGGAAGGCCUUCGGCGAACCUUCUUGCAGAUACCUUGGCUCAAUGGCCGCGUCCACUGGCAAUCUGAGAAUACACCAGGAUGGCGCCCCGGCCAGCUUGAGAUUCGGUAUAGCGCCUUGACCCAGAACCCGCCGCAACUCCGCUAUAAUGAGAUGAAGACAAAUCUGACGUUCCCGGAUCUUAAAGACCUUGCAUUCCCGCUGGAUACAUUCAAUGAUGAAGAAUUGCUCUGGACGAAUCCAUUUGAACCCAACUUUGAAACCGGGCUUGAGGUCUUCACAGCUCAAGCAAACUUCUUACCAGGAGGCUGUGCUCUAGUCUUAUCCGUGGCUCCACCGGCUUCGGAUGGCACUGCUAUGCUUAGCGUGACACGUCUGUGGGCAGAUCAUUGCAGCUCUCUCAUGCAUGAUGGGCACCAGCCGAAUGACGGUCCAGACUCCAGCAGCUCUGCUUUGGGUCCUCUAGCUUAUGCUAGCUCUGAAAGGACGGUGCUAGAUAGCACAGGCAAGCAACUCAAAGGUGCGACAUCUUCCGGUCAGAUGAACCCGGAAAUAUAUCACCUGGUGGGUCUGGAUCCAGAACAGGGGUCUUCUGACGAAGGCUCCCAUGUCCCUGCCAAUGCAAUUUCUGAGUUAUCGAAGGAAAUGAAGCCUAGCCUAUUUUACCUACCACAUGCGGCAUACACAACUCUUCGAAAAGACUGCGUUGCUGAACUUGGAGUCACGGAGGUAUCAGGAAACGAUCUUGUCUGCGCCUUGAUCUGGAGAUCCGUCAGUCGGGCAUAUAUGGCAGUUCACAGCGCACAAUCUAGCAAUAUGGAACCAUUUGAGCCACAAUCAGAGCUUUGCAUACCCUUCGACGCUCGGGUUGAUCUCAUGGGGUCGUUGCCGUCCAAUUACCUCGGAAAUCUCAAUUUUGAACACAAACUCGCCUGUUCUCUAGAUCACCUUGUGGCGAAAGAAACAAGCAUCCCGCAACUAGCGAAGAUGAUAAGAACGCACGCAUCUGAGUUUGCGUGCGGUGCAAAUUUGCUGGAAGCCUAUAGCCUCCUUGGCUCGGUCUCUGACUACAGACAAGUACCACAGAUGCGGGCACCGCGUAUGAAAUCAGCUUCGGUGGGCGUUCUGUCUCCAAUGAUGCUGCCUUUCAACGAGGCUUGCUUUGGGGCUCAAGUGUUUGGUAAUGGGGGUCGCCCGGAAGCAUUCCGUCCCAUGAUGGGGGCUUGUAAUAGUGGUUUCCGGACUACCUUUGUUGUACCGAGGAAAUCUCAUGGAGGCAUUGAAUUUGUCUUGACAUUAUCUGAGAAGGAAAGGAACUUCCUUGCCGGGGAUUCUGAGUUUACUAGCUAUGCUCUACACCUAGCCUGA